AUGCAGGAGCCGAGCGGCCUGAUCGCGUCCCCGGAGCUGGUGAACAGCGUGACACCGCCGUCCGGAGGCGAUCACUGCGAGUGGCGCAUCACGGCGACGCACGGCGAGCGCAUUGUGCUCAAUGUCACCCAGCUGGACAUCUACGAGUCGGACAACUGCGAGACCGACUUCGUCGAGGUGCGAGACGGAUACUGGCACAAGUCACCACUGCUCGGUCGGUACUGCGGCACGGGACACAUCCCGGAGAUGCUGCUGAGCACAGGGUACCGCAUGCUUAUCGUCUACCGGACCUCGACCAACCAGAAUGGUCACGUUGGCUUCAGGGCUUACUACGAAGGUUCGCAAGACUGUGAGUAUGACAAGGUGGACAUUCUCAGCAAAAUGGACAACAACACGAUCCGGAAGCACGGGCUCUUCUGUGGCUCCUACCUGCCACCCAUCAUCACGUCCGAGGGCAACAGCCUGCGUAUCGAGUUCAGCUCAGACAACUCGGUCCAGAAAAGUGGCUUCGCGGCCGGUUUUCUCAUGGACAAGGACGAGUGCGCUCACAACAACGGUGGUUGCCAGCACAUCUGCAAGAACACUGUGGGCAGCUACAUGUGCACCUGCCAGAAUGGCUUCGUGCUGCACCCCAACGAGCACGACUGCAAAGAAGGAACGUGUACACACCAGAUCAGCGCCCCACUUGGCGAAAUCAACAGUCCCAACUACCCUGACGCCUACCCGAGCAGAAAGGACUGCGCCUGGCUCUUUACCACCACUCCGGGACACCGGCUCAAGCUGAUUUUCAACGACUUUGAGCUGGAGCCGCACCAGGAGUGCGCGUAUGACCACAUCUCUCUGUACGACAGCGACAGCACAGACGCCCCGACGCUGGGUCGCUUCUGCGGGGCCAAGGUGCCCCACCCCAUACUCUCCACCACCAACCGCAUGUACAUGGUGUUCAAGAGCGACGCCUCCGUGCAGCGCAAGGGCUUCAAGGCGUCCCACUCGACGGCCUGCGAAGGGCGGCUGCUGGCGACCGGGCGCACCGUGGAGCACCUCUACUCCCACGCCAAGUACGGCGACCAGAACUACGAGAACCGCGAGGACUGCGACUGGCUCGUCGAGGCCGAGUCCGGUCACGUGCGCCUGCGCUUCCUCACUUUCGAGCUGGAGCACGAACAGGACUGCGGCUACGACUUCGUUCAGCUCUUCGACGGCUACGACGACUCGGCACCCCAGCUGGGGAAGUUCUGCGGGAAUAAGAUGCCUGGCGAGUUCACGUCCAGUUCGGGCUCUCUGCUGCUUCGCUUCCGCUCGGACGACAACAUCAACGCCAAAGGCUUCUCGGCCGCCUACUCGGCCGUUGACACCGUCGAAUUCGGCCAGCAGCACGCCCCCGCGGCGCCGCCGUUCCCGGCUGGCGCUUCUGGCUCGUUCUCCGAAGUGCGCGCACCGCACCGCCGGGAACGAAGGCUCAGACUGCAUCGCCACUGAGGCACGCGCAUCGGCACCACUACCACUAGGCAGAGAGCCAUACACACACUCCACAAUCAUCCCCGCCUGGAUCACGCGUCUUAUGCUUUACACGCUCUUUGGACGUCACCCUUUUUUUUUCUUUUCUACUUACUUAGGUCACCAACCGCGAAUGGUGCAUCCAGCGCGUGUGCGGACUUCUCAGUGUACCGUGAUCGGUGCGGGAAUCCUGGGGGACGGCCGCGGCCCUUUAGUCCCCACGAUAAAGGGCGUUGUUUCUGUUGCGCUCGUGAGCAAUGCGGAAAAGCGUGUAUGUGAUAGAGUAGCGCUGUCCGUCCGCAUCCGAAGCAUUGACGGGAAGCUGUCGUUGCCCUCGCCGUCGCAAGGGCGAUUCUUCCUGUGAUGCUUCUUUAAUUUAUUUUAUUUUUCUCUUCGACUGCUCUCGAAGCUACAUCUGCGCUUGUCUCUCGUAGGUUUUGCUUUAGAGCAACCUGAAGUGUGUUAUCGUACGUAGGGCAGCAACCCAGCUCUCAGCAGCCGUCGCUAUUUUACACGCGAUUGGUUCGAAGUUAGUACACGAUUGAAGAUGUCACAGUAACGUUUUUAGUGAUGGUUCGAAUAAUGUCGCAUGGUCAGAGAGGUAGGCAUACUGCACAGCCCGACAAGGCAGCUUUGUGGUUUUAUGUUCUGCAUGUGCAUGCGCUCGUGUGUUGCCCAGGUGCUUUCUUUUUUUAUUUCAUUUUUCUGUCUUGUGUUUAACACGAGCUUUGCUCUGGAUCAUUGCGCCGAUACCUUUGAUAGUGAGUUGAAGAGUAUUCACAGCCUGCGCCGUUUAGCUUUGACAUGCACAUCAAGAGAGCUUCUCUUGCCAAAUAUAACAAACAAAUACGCACUGAUGAUCACACACUUAGGGUAGCGCUGUACCACUAUCAGUCUACUUUGGUGAAGUAAAGUUCGUUUUUAUUUCCGCUCCUAGCCUUGUGGUGGGCAGGGCACUCGCAUCUGUCUCGCAGGACAUCUGGAAUGUUCUGUGUAACAACCAUUGUACUUCUGUGAAUGCUUUGUGUAGAAACAGCCUUACUGGUACAAUAACGAUGUAUUACAGCAACAGGUCAUUGUUUUCAGUAAUACUUCAUAAGCAGUGGUCACAUUUCUCCAACUAUCUUCAUUAAAUCUUUGUC